UCUAUUUUCAGAUGCACUUGUAUUGAUACUCGUCACGCCCAGAAGGCCUCUCGAAAGUGGAGCUUGGUGAUGGAUGUGGCGUUGGUGCAGUACAUCAACAGACUGUGCCGACACCUGGCUAUCACGCCAGCCAGACUGCACCCCCAUGAAGUGUACCUGGACCCCAGUGAUGCUGCUGAUCCCCGUGUGGCCUGUCUGCUCAACGUGCCUGUGGAGAGCUUGCGCCUGCGCUUUGCUUUGCUGCAGUCGCUCAACAACACCCUGGAGAGUUUCUUUCUCCCUCUAGUGGAGCUAAGACAGACACACAUAUCAGAACAGCAUUGCCGCUCUGCUGUGUGAGGCUAAAGGUUUGAUCUUCUACGACACUAAAGUCACUGUGAUGAACAGAGUAUUGAAUGCUACGGUGCAGCGAACAGCUGACCAUGCAGCUCCAGAAAUUACUCUGGACCCUCUUGAGAUUGUUGGUGGUGAGAUCAGAUCAUCAGAAAACACCUAUUUCUGCCAGGCAGCACGUCAGUUAUCUUGCGUGCCGUCAUCCCAGCUUUGUGUAAAGCUGGCCAGCGGAGGAGACCCAACCUACGCCUUCAAUAUUCGCUUCACAGGAGAAGAAGUUCAUGGCACAAGUGGCUCUUUCAGGCACUUCCUGUGGCAGGUGUGUAAGGAGUUGCAGAGCUCUGCGCUUUCCCUGCUGCUCCCCUGUCCCAGUGCUUCAGCCAACCGGAACAAGGGGAAAUCCAUCUUGACUCCUUGCCCUAUCAGCUAUGCAGAGGAACAGCUGUUGCACUUCUUCGGUCAGCUGCUUGGCAUCGCCAUCCGCGCAGAUGUGCCCCUUCCUUUGGACUUGCUGGGUUCCUUCUGGAAGGGCCUGGUGGGCGAGCCUCUCGACCCAGAGCAGGAUUUGCAGGAAGCUGAUGUUCUCACUUACAACUAUGUCAAGAAGUUUGAAAAUGUGGCAGAUGAAAGUGAGCUGGAAGCUCUGUGUGCUGAAAUCUCCUCCCAGCACCAUUCGGGGGAAAGCCCAGAGUCCCCGAGCAGACCCUGCUGCACGUUUACCUACUACACCAUGACAGGUGAAGAGGUGGAGCUUUGUCAGGGAGGGCGGAGCUUCACUGUCAGCUGGGAGAACAAGGAUGUGUAUGCACGGGCGGUGAGGAGCCUCCGUCUCAGAGAGCUGCAGAAUCUGGAGUGCAUGACGGCGGUGCGGGCAGGACUUGGUUCCAUCAUCCCCCUGCAGCUGCUCACCAUGCUCAGCCCGCUGGAGAUAGAGCUACGCACCUGCGGCUUGCCUUACAUCAACCUGAAGUUCCUCAAGGCUCACACCAUGUAUCAAGUGGGUCUGAUGGAGACCGACCAGCACAUUGAGUUUUUUUGGACCGCCUUGGAGAUGUUCACUCAGGAAGAGCUCUGCAAGUUCAUCAAGUUUGCAUGCAACCAGGAGCGAAUCCCAUUCACCUGCCCCUGCAGGGACGGUGGCCCAGACACAGCCCAUGUUCCCCCCUACCCCAUGAAGAUCGCUCCUCCUGAUGGGGCUGCAGGUCAGUCAGACUCGCGCUACAUUCGCGUGGAGACCUGCAUGUUCAUGGUCAAACUGCCCCAGUACACCUCUCUGGAUGUGAUGCUGGAGAAGCUACGCUAUGCCAUCCACUACCGCGAGGACCCUCUGAGUGGUUAAGAAGAGCUGAUGACCCAUCAUUCCCGCGUAUAUCUUACUUUUGACUCCUCCCCUUUAAAACCUCUGGCUCUGCUGCACCAACAAGCCUGAGUUAUAAAAUAUAUUGUUUGUUAUUUCUCCACAGAUUUUUAUUGCAUCUAAACCAAAAUUUGAAUUCCAUGAAUAGAGAAUUCAGGGAAGAUGAUCUAGAUCAGCACUGACUUUUCUGCAGAGAUUGAUGCCAGUUUGCACUGAAUGUGAAGGCUGAAGUGAAAGCAACUGUCACAGUUUUUUUUCUUUAUCCAUGCCUUUGCUGCAAGGGUCUUUACUGAGAUGGUUAUCCUGGCUGUAUGUGAGAUGAAAAAGCAAAAUGAUUGUCAUCACAUAACCUGACAUUGGGUAGUGAGGUACAAUUUCUUCCAGAAAAAGAGGAAACGUGUGGCUGCGCCUGUUUUUGAGCAGCUCCGAACAAAAAAAAAAAAUGCUGUACAGGACAAUAUGUCGUUUUACAGCCUGUUUGAAAACACAUCCUGUUAAUGGACAAAUAACUUAUGCCUAAAACGACAUUUUAUCAGGGGUGUCAAAGAGAGGAUAUUAAAGUCAUGUAAAAAAAAUCAUUAAUUUGUUAGUUUUAUUGAAUCUUUUCUGUAAUAUCUGAGUUGGUGUGGCAGCAAAGGAGGGUUUUUCAGGUUCAUCAAACCUGUCUGGUGUUUGAAGGGGAUUUCAUGAGCUGCUCUUACAUUUAAUUUGUGUGUGUGUGUGCGCGCGUGUGUGCUACUUAAUGUGCAACAAGCCUGACUGCCCCCCUCACCAAGAAACAUCACAGUGAAGACAUACAAUGAGGAGAGGAGGCAGGUUAUCCCAACUCCUGCCUUUUCUUUCAGAAACUGUCUUUUUCAUGCUAUCCAUCAUUAAUUCUGUAGCCUGUAAAUAGACUUAAGUUAUUUAUGAUGGCAGUAUAUUUUUUAAAUUUCAUCUUGAUUUAUUAUGCUCAUUGUUAACAGAAAAACAAAACGACAAAAAAAUGGGUUUUUUUUGUGAGUGACAUCAGCAUUUUACUUGAAUUGACAGCUGAAUCAACAAAAUUCUGCAGAGUGGAUUGUAGAAUCUGCUUGUGAGUUUUGCUUUUUGGUUCUGAUUUUUUUUUCUUUUCUUCUUUUUCAAGGGUGAUAAGGCGCUGCUAUCAUGGAUGCUCUCUCUUUGAGUCCCCCUCACCUUCAUAGGAGGGGAAUGGUAUGUUAUAAAAUGGACAUAUUCAUACAAAAGAGGUGUUGCGAUAAAAUAUGUGCUGUAUAUUUACUUGAUAUUUAUUACAGUUAUUUAUGGUUGCAUUAACUUAACUACUUUUAUUGUCUUACCUCUGCACACCAGAAGCGUAACAUAUCUAAAAUGAAUUAUACAGAUGUAAAAGAAAAAAAACUGAAAUGGCAUUCAAGAUUUGUGUCAUAAUAAAGAAAUGUCUUCAUGUACAAACAUG